AUGGCGGUCGCUAUUUGGAGCAUUUUCUUCUACUUAAUAGAACAGCUGACAGCACAGAUCGAGAGCUCUAUGGGCGUGCAAUCCAAUCUCGACGAUGUUCGGCGAAAGGAUUUUACCGCACAGUGUCCAGGUGAAUGGCAAUGGGCGUGUCACAAUGGGGAAUGCAUAGCACGAUACGACGCUUGUGACGGAAUAGCACAAUGUUCGGACGGAUCAGAUGAAUGGAACUGUGAACGAUGGAGGCAAAACAAUGGCGGAUUCAAUAAAAACAUAGAAGGUAACAAGCAAACCACUACUACAACCAUGGCUACCAGUACGACUACAGUUGCUAAUAGCGGAUUUAUCGUGUUGUCAACGCGAGAGGUAGUGAUCGCCUUCGGCAUCUUCGUCGUACUGGCUAUUGUAGUGGUUUCGAUGGUACGACGGAGGGCUCGUAUGAAAGUGCUGGCAAGAAAUCGUCGUGGAAACCUAUUACAGGGUGACUCGGAUGAGGACGACAUACUGAUCAGCUCGAUGUACUCCUAG